AUGGCCGCGCACGGAGCCGCGCCGCCGCCGCUGGGGCUGGGCGAGGUGCGGGAUGCGGAGCGGCGGCUGCGGGGCCGCAUCCAUCGCACCCCGCUGCUCACCUGCGCCGGGCUGGACCGUAUGGCCGGCAGGAAGCUGCUCUUUAAGUGCGAGCUCUUGCAGAAGACCGGAUCCUUCAAGAUCCGUGGAGCCCUGAACGCCGUGAGGAGCCUCGUUGAGGAGCGGCAGCGCACGGGCCGGGAGCUGCCCCGCGCUGUGGUCACGCACAGCAGCGGCAAUCACGGGCAGGCACUCGCCUGUGCUGCCCAGGCAGAAGGGAUUCCUGCCUACAUCGUGGUGCCCCGGACUGCCCCGCAGUGUAAGCAAGAUGCCAUUCGUGCCUAUGGUGCCACACUGGUGCCAUGUGACCCCAGUGACAAGUCCAGAGCAGAGACAGCAUCCAAUGUAGUCCAGGAGACAGGAGGAGUCCUGGUGCACCCCAACCAGGAGCUGGCAGUGAUUGCAGGGCAAGGCACCAUCGCCCUGGAGGUGCUGGAGCAGGUGAGGGAAAUGCACAGCCCAGCCCCUGCAGGGGCACAGCAAAAGGGGGACACAAAGUGUCAGAAGCCCUCACACUUCCUUUCUGCACAGGCACCCCAGGUAAAUGCAGUGGUGGUUCCUGUGGGAGGUGGAGGAAUGGUUGCAGGAAUAGCAGUCGCCAUCAAGGCUUUGAGGCCGGAUGUGAAGGUGUUUGCUGCUGAGCCAAGCAAUGUGGAUGACUGUUACCAGUCCAAGGUCCGAGGGGAGCUGACCCCCAACCUCCACCCGCGAAACACCAUCGCAGACGCUGUAAAAACCAGCAUCGGGCCCAACACGUGGCCCAUCAUCAGGGAUUUGGUUGAUGAUGUUCUGACAGUCUCAGAGGAAGAAAUCAAGCGAGCCACGUGGCUGGUGUGGGAAAGGAUGAAGCUGCUGAUUGAGCCAACAGCAGGCGUGGGACUGGCGGCUGUGCUCUCGGAGCAGUUCCAGGCCGUCCCCCGGGACGUGCAGAACGUUUGCAUCGUGCUGUGUGGGGGAAACGUGGACCUGGGAGCCCUGACCUGGCUCACAGACCUCUCUGGGAAAGCAGAAUGAGGAUGGUGUUUCAAGGAAUGAAAAACUUCACUCUGAAUUUCUGUGGUGGUUUGUGUCCUACUAAAAGCAG